AUGCGGAAUUCAGUCUUCACGGAUGCAUAUAAUGAGAUAUCAAAGGUACUUUUCCCAAGUUACGACUACUUACCUCAAUAUCUUAAAAUGCCUUUUCUGUAUAUAGGAGUCUUCCCUCUAGAUUAUGACAUCCCCAUCUCCAAGAUCAUUAAUAUGUUGGCUAAUGAGGGCUGGUUUCACAACACAAACACAAAGCAAUCUUUGGAGGAUUUUGUCUGGAAAUGUGUGCACGAGCUUUGUACGAAUAGGAAUCUUGCUUUGUACGAAAGGAGUGCCAUUUACAGGGUUUGGUGGAGGAUUAAUAAUCGCAAGUAUAAAACUUGUCGCCUUCAUUCUUCUUGGCGGUAUGUGUGUAGACGAGAGGCUCGGAAGAAUAAGUUUUAUCAUGUCUUAAAGAAGCUUGUUGAUGGCUCAGUAGAUAUUGUGAAAGGUCAGCGUUGCUUGUGUCUCGAAAAUAACAUUUUAUUUGGCAUCAAAGACUUCUGCAACUCUGUGAGAUUGAAUUGUCCAUCCUCUACACGUUCUCUUCUUUACUUUGAUCCAUACCACCAAUAUCCAAUCUCAAUAGGUGACGAUUUCAAGUUGCUUGGGAAACUAGAUGCUCUUAAUCUACGUUUGUACACUUUCCCAACAGAAAUUCUUACACUAGUCCUACUAAAGUACCUUGCUCUAACUUGCAAUGGAAACAUCCCUACAACCAUAUCCAAACUUUUCAACCUUCGAGUCUUGAUUAUCCAUCCACAUAACAACAUUACAAGUUGUAUAGCUCCAUCUUAUGUACCAAUACAAAUAUGGGAUAUGCAAGAUUUAGAGCAUAUUGAGAUAUUGGGGAAGAGCCUUGUAGCUCCAUGUCAUUCCGCUUCUUUGAAAAACCUCUUAACAUUUGUAGGUGUGAAUACCAGCAUUUAUACUAUCUUGGAACUCUCCAAAAAAGUUCCUUGUAUAAGGAAAUUAGGAGUUCGGAUCGAGAUGGCGCCCUAUGAUGACCAUAGUGACCUUUUAAGUUGCUUUGGUUGUAUUUCAACACUUGGAAGUUUGGAGACACUACAAUGUAGCAUCAUAAAUCAUGUGGUCAAGUACGAUUAUGUUUUUCCUAGUCCAUUUAUGUUGCCAUCCGGAUUGAAAAAGUUACAUUUGAGUGGCAUGGGUUGUUCUUGGGAAUACAUGGAUGUGAUUGGCUCUUUGCCAUUUCUUGAAGUGCUCAAAUUGCGAGCCUACGCCUUCCGGUGA